AUGUCGAACGAAGAUUUUAACAAACGUUUAUUUCAAUAUUUUGAUGAUCAUAAAAAAGAUUAUAUUCAACGUUUAAGUGAAGCUGUUAGCAUUCCAUCUGUAUCAGCAUGGCCUGAUAAUCGACCUCAAGUUGUUCGUAUGGUUGAAUGGACAAAAUCUGUUAUGGAAAAAUUAGGUGCUAAAGUUGAAUUAGCCGAUAUUGGCGAACAAAAACUUGGUGAUGGAACAAAAAUCAAAUUACCAGAUGUUAUUUUAGGUACUUAUGGAAAUGAUAAAACAAAAAAAACCGUUUUAAUUUAUGGUCAUUUGGAUGUACAACCAGCUCAAGUUGCAGAUGGUUGGGAUACAGAACCAUUUGUAUUAACAGAAAAAGAUGGAAAAUUAUUUGGUCGUGGUUCAACUGAUGAUAAAGGUCCAGUUAUUAGUUGGCUUAAUGUUAUUGAAGCUUAUCAAAAAUUAAAUGAACCAUUUCCUGUUAAUGUUAAAUUUGUUCUUGAAAGUAUGGAAGAAUAUGGUAGUGAAGGUCUUGAAGAUUUACUUAAAUCUUUAAAAAAUACAUUUCUUUCUGGUGUUGAUUAUGUUGUUAUUUCGGAUAGUUAUUGGUUAGGUAAAGAAAAACCUUGUUUACAAUAUGGUCUUCGAGGAAUUUGUUAUUUCUUUAUUGAUGUUGAAUGUUCAACAAAAGAUUUACAUUCAGGUUGUUUUGGUGGUACAAUCUGUGAAGUUUACUAUUGUGAAUCAUCAAUAUAUUUCUUUCAUAAAGAAAUAUGCCGAUGA